AUGGCAACUACCGAUAUCGCUACCAAGGAGCUACAGAAUCCUAUGGAUGUUGCUGAGUACUUAUUCCGACGUCUUCGCGAGGUUGGAAUCCGCUCAGUGCAUGGCCUACCCGGUGACUACAAUCUUGCAGCAUUGGAUUACCUCCCCAAGUGUGAUCUCAGCUGGGUUGGAAACUGCAACGAACUCAAUGCCGGAUACGCCGCCGAUGGCUAUGCUCGUGUGAACGGCAUCAGUGCUCUUGUCACCACAUUCGGUGUUGGAGAGCUGUCCGCCCUCAAUGCCAUCGCAGGCUCAUACUCCGAAUUCGUCCCAGUCAUCCACAUCGUUGGCCAGCCCACCACUCAGUCUCAAAGAGAUGGAAUGUUGCUCCACCACACUCUCGGAAAUGGAGACUUCAAUGUCUUCACCAAGAUGAGCGCGGGUAUUUCGUGUUACGUUGCACGCCUGAACGACCCCCACGACGCAGCCACUCUGAUCGACAGCGCGAUUCGUGAAUGCUGGAUCCGCAGUCGUCCGGUGUACAUCACCCUGCCAACAGAUAUGGUCGCUGCAAAGGUCAACGGCGAUCGCCUGAAUACCCCGAUUGAUCUUGCACUGCCUAAGAAUGACCCGGAGAAGGAGGACUACGUUGUCGAUGUUGUCCUGAAGUAUCUCCAUGCCGCAAAGAACCCUGUCAUCUUGGUUGACGCCUGUGCCAUUCGUCACCGUGCACUAGAAGAAGUGCGCGCCUUGGUGGAGAAGUCUGGCCUACCAACCUUUGUGACACCGAUGGGCAAGGGAGCCGUGAACGAAGAUCACAAGAACUUCGGUGGUGUUUAUGCUGGCAAUGGGUCUAACGCUGGAGUUAGUGAGGCCGUCGAGUCCUCUGACCUCAUUCUGAGCAUUGGAGCGAUCAAGUCCGAUUUCAACACUACCGGUUUCACUUAUCGUGUUGGACAGCUGAACACCAUUGACUUCCACAGCACCUUUGUGAGAGUGCGGUACUCGGAGUAUCCUGAUAUCAACAUGAAAGGUGUCCUGAGGAAGGUUGUUGAGCGCAUGAAUCCUCUGGACCCUGCUCCUAUCCCUCUGAUCACGAACCGACUACCCGAGAGCGAGCAAACAUCCACCGACCAAACCAUUACCCAUAAGUGGCUCUGGCCCAGCGUCGGACAGUGGCUAAAGGAGAAGGAUAUCGUCCUUACGGAGACUGGCACUGCCAACUUUGGUAUUUGGGAGACUCGCUUCCCCGCCAACGUGACUGCUAUCAGCCAAGUUCUUUGGGGCAGCAUUGGAUAUUCCAUGGGAGCCUGUCAGGGUGCUGCUCUCGCUGCUAAGGAGCAGAAAGACCGCCGAACCAUCCUCUUCAUCGGCGACGGAAGUAUCCAACUCACUGUACAGGAACUAAGCACUAUCCUGAAGAAUAAUUUGAACCCUAUCGUCUUCGUUAUCUGCAACGACGGUUACACUAUCGAGCGAUACAUCCACGGAUGGGACGCAGGUUACAACGACAUCCAGCCAUGGGAAUUUGCCAACAUUCCCACUGUCUUCGGAGCCAAGGACAACUACCAAGGCUACCGUAUCAAGACCCGUGACGAACUCAACCAGCUGUUCGCUGACGAGGAGUUCAACGUAUCUGACAAGCUUCGACUGGUCGAGUUGUACAUGCCUCGCGAUGACGCCCCUGCGGCCUUGAAGCUGACCGCUGAGGCUGCCGCGCACCGCAACAGCGGCGAAUAA